AUGUCUCAAAUCGAAAAACUUACUACUGAAAAAGGAAAAUCAAUGCUUCUCUACGAAGGUUUCAUCUACACCGUAGAACGUACAACAACGACGAAAUUGAUUCUUCGAUGUCAUAAUCGAGAUUGCAAAGCUCGUUGUCAUACCAAUGUAUACAUGGACGCAUUUGUCUCGCAACCAACAGCUCACUGCCAUGCUCCACAACCUGAUCGUGUUCCAGCAAUUAAAUUGAAAGAAGAAAUUAAAACUCGUGCUGCAACAACAGAGGAACAAUCAAGUAUAAUUCUUCACUCGGCUUUAAGAAAUUAUCCACUCAACGCCGCUGGUCAACUUCCAAAAAAUGAGGCACUUAUGCUAAUGAUUCGACGACAACGUACUGCUGAAGCAGUCGAUGCCAAUGGUCGUUUACCAGACAAAUUAAGGAAGACGUAUCGCGACGAAGAUUUCAUAUUACACGAAGACAACAAAUUAAUUAUCUUCACAACACAAUCCAAUUUAUCUAUUCUUAAACAAAAUAAACAUUGGUUUGCUGAUGGAACAUUCAAAGUGUGUCCUGAUGAUUACUAUCAACUGUUCACAUUACAUGCGAUGAUGACGAAUGCAAUCAUUCCUCUCGUCUAUGGGUUGUUAAUUGGUAAAAGUUCUGAAGAUUAUAAUUUAUUUUUUGAAAAAGUUUUAGAACAAGACAACUUCGAACCUGAGUCAAUCAUGACUGAUUUCGAAACUGGCACAAUCAAAUCAGUGAGAGAAAUGUUGCCUAAUGUUCUACACAAAGGCUGUCUCUUUCAUUUUUCACAAGCGGUAUGGCGACAAGUUCAAAGCAAGGGAUUAACAACCAAAUAUAAUGAGGAUGAGUAUUUUCGUUUAAAUGUAAAAAAACUGAUUGCUCUGGCUUUUGUUCCAUUAGAUAAAGUUACAACUGGCUUUGACUUAAUUUGUGAUCAAUUCGACGAUGACGCCGAUGAUUUACUCGAAUAUUUUGAAAAAACGUGGAUUGGUGAAAAAAAAAGAAGAGGUACUGGUCGAACGAAACCUCAAUUUGAUCAUAAACUAUGGAAUGUUUAUGAUCGUGUCAUCGCUGCUGUACCUCGUUCCAACAAUUCCGUGGAAGGCUGGCACAAUGCAUUCGCAACUCGUGUCGCAAUCAAUCAUCCAAACAUCGUGAAGCUGGCUGAAAAAAUUCGUCGUGAACAAUCAAAAUUCGAAGUGGACAUGCAGAAGAUUCUCCAAGGUCAUGAUAUCAAGACAAAGAAGGCCUGCUAUCGAAAAUUGGACGAACGUCUUACUCGGCUGGUCAAUGCAUUCGACGCAUCUCAAAUGGAUCAAUUCUUAAAAAAUGUCGCAGCCAAUAUUACUCUUUAG